AUGAAGCUCUCAUCAUAUCUCUGCGCGGCGGUCCUGGCCACGGCUGGUCAGGCCGCCAAGGACACGCCGCUGUACAAGGACCCCAAGGCCUCUGUGGAUGAUCGUGUUGCCGAUCUCCUCAAGCGCAUGACGGUCAAGGACAAGAUGGCCCAGCUCAUCCAGGGCGACAUGUCCAACUAUCUCAACCUCACCGAUGGCAGGGUGAACAAGACAGGCUUGGCCUGGAACAUGGACAACCGUGCCAACUCUCUCUGGACUGGCCUAUAUGCCAAGAUGGAGACUGUAAAGAAGGCUGCAAAGCUGGCACAGGACUAUAUGCUCAAGGAGACUGAGCUUGGUAUCCCUACCUUUGUCCAGAGUGAGGGUCUUCAUGGUGUCUUGAUCCUCAAUGGCACCAUCUUCAACUCUCCCAUUGGCAUAGGAUGCUCCUUCAACCCUGAGCUCGUUGAGAAGAUGGCAGGCGUGAUUGCUACUGAGAGCCGAGCUCUUGGUAUCAACCAGCUGUUUUCCCCUCAAGCUGAUCUCGCCCGAGAGUUGCGAUUCGGCCGAGUGGAGGAGUGCUUCUCCGAGGACUCGUACCUCGCAGGAGAAAUGUCAUAUCGGUACGUCAAGGGUCUCCAGGCCGGAGGCGUGUCGGCCAUGGUCAAGCACUUUGCUGCUUUUGCUACCCCAGAGCAGGGUAUCAACACCGCUCCAGUCCACGGUGGUGAGCGCGAGCUGCGGUCUCUCUACCUCCCACCCCUGAAGCGGGCCAUCAUUGAUGGAGGUGCCACCUCUAUCAUGUCUUCCUACAACUCCUACGAUGGAGUCCCAACUGUCUCCGACUCUUACCUCCUCACUGAUAUCCUUCGAGAUGAGUGGGGUUAUGAGUACUAUGUCAUCUCUGACGCUGGUGGCACUGCCCGUCUCGCCAACGCCUUCUACAUCUGCCCCAUUGAGGACAACGAAUGCAUUACUCUCGAGGCCCUCCCUGCCGGUAACGAUGUCGAGAUGGGCGGUGGCUACUGGAGCUACGAGUCCAUCCCCGACCUUGUCAAGUCUGGCAAGCUCGAUGAGGCGAUCCUCGACAAGGCCGUGUCCCGCGUGCUCCGCUCCAAGUUCACCAUGGGUCUUUUCGAGAAGCCAUUCACUGGCGUCUCUGACGACAAGAUCUGGGACUACAUCAACACCAAGAAGCACAAGAAGCUCGCCCGUGACCUUGAUGCUGAGAGUAUCGUGCUCCUCGAGAACCACGACAACGUGCUGCCCUUGAAGAAGGACGCCAACGUGGCUGUUAUUGGCCCCAUGGCCCAUGGCUAUGUCAAUUACGGAGACUAUGUCAUCCACACUGCUCCAUCUCGUGGCAUCACACCCCUCGACGGCAUCAAGGCCGUUAGCAAGGGCAAGGUCACCUACGCUAAGGGCUGUGAGCGCUGGUCCAACGACGACUCUGGCUUCGAUGAGGCUGUCGCCGCCGCUGAAAAGGCCGACGUCGCAGUCGUCGUUGUCGGAACCUGGUCCCGCGACCAGAACGAGCUCUGGGCUGGCCUCAACGCCACCACCGGCGAGCACAUUGACGUUAGCAACCUCGACCUCGUUGGUGCCAUGCCCAGACUCGUCAAGGCCAUCAUCGAGACCGGCAAGCCCACCGUUGUCGUCUACAGCUCUGGCAAGCCCAUCACCGAGCCCUGGAUCUCCGAGGAGGCCGCCGCUCUCGUCCAGCAGUUCUACCAGUCCGAGCAGGGCGGAUACGCUCUUGCCGAUAUCCUCUACGGCGAGGUUAACCCCUCUGGAAAGCUCUCCGUCAGCUUCCCCUACGACGUCGGAACUCUGCCCAUCUACUACGACCACCUCAACUCUGCUCGCACGUGGCCCAACCCCGGCAAGGUGUACGAGAACGGCACCCUCGUCUUUGGCAGCAACUACGUCCUUGAGAACCCCACCGCCCUCUACGAGUUUGGCUACGGUCUCUCCUACAGCAAGUUCGAGUUCUCCAACAUUGCCGUGUCCAAGGAGAACGUCACCGCUUCCGACACUGUCACCGUCUCUGUCGACGUUGCCAACAAGUCGAAGCGAGACGGCGCCGAGGUUGUGCAGCUGUACGUCAAGGACAUGCUCGCUUCGGUCGACGUGCCCCGAUUCCAGCUCAAGGGCUUCAAGAAGGUCACCGUCAAGGCCGGCAAGACCACCACUGUCAAGAUCGACCUCAAGGUUGCUGACUGGGGUCUGUGGAACCGCAAGAUGAAGUACGUCGUCGAGCCUGGUGACUUUACCGUCUAUGUCGGCAACUCGAGCGAGAACUUCAAGGGCAAUGUGACAGUCACUGUUGCGUAA